AUGAAAAAUGAUAAGAGCAAACAAUCUAAUGUUAGUUUUUCGGGCAAAUUUGUCCCAGCUGAAGCGACCGAAACCUUAAUUUCAGAAAAAUUAAGCAAAAAAGCUGCAAAACGAUCUAGAAGACGUGAAAAAAGGCAAAAUGAAAGAAUUAAUAGCGCUCCGGAACAGAAAUGGCGCAAGAUAUCGUUAUCAAAUCCACCACCAAUAAUACCUGCUAAUAUAGAAGAGGAUAUCACAGAAGCGACGCGAUCAGAUAAUAAAAAAAAGCGUAAACGAAAAAAUGCGGUUCAGGGAAAUAACUCUAAUAAUGAUAAUGAUUUUGUUGAUAUUCAUUCUCUUGAAUGGUCUGAAGUAGCUUGUCCAGAAUCAAUUUUUAUGGGAGAUGAUUUAGGAGGGUUUUUAUGUUUAGAGGAAAUAGAUUAUGUUGAUGUUGAAUAUGAAAAUAAUGAAGAAACCCAAGGAAAGACGAUUAAAUUUAAGAGAAUCAAAAGUGAUGAGAAAUCAUCAAAUGCGAAAACUAAAAAUUUAUGCGCUAAACCAGAAGAACCAUUAACAAAAGAAGAGUCAUCCAACUAUUAUGACUUGGAUACAUUUGAUGAAAGUCUUCUAUUAGGAGAAGAAAUGGAUGAAUCUUCGCAAUCCGAGGAAGAUGAUGAAAUGGAUAUUGAUUCGAAAAAAGAGGAAGAUAAUAAUUUGAAAAAUCAUAGUGCAAGCACGAAUAUUAAUCAUAAACCGAUCGCGAAAGGACUGGGUCAUAAUGCAAUUGAAGAAGAAAUUGAUAUUUCUGCAUGGAAUCAGUUCAACCUUUCUCCUACCAUCAUGAAUGGGUUAAAAGCACUUCAAUUUGAUAAACCUACACCUAUUCAAGAAAAGUCUCUCCCUUUUAGUAUGUCUGGACGUGACGUUGUAGGUGCAGCUGAAACUGGUUCCGGAAAAACGCUUGCUUUUGGAAUUCCUAUAUUAGAAUACAUAAUUAAUCGAAAUAUUAAAGAAUCCGAGAACCAACUUGCAGCGCUUAUUUUAACGCCUACAAGAGAAUUAGCUAUGCAAGUCAGAGACCAUCUUCUAACCAUUAGCAAAACUUCUUUAAUUAAGAUAAUGGUGAUUGUUGGAGGAAUGUCUGUUCAGAAACAACAGCGAUUGUUGUCAAAGCAUCCGAAUAUUAUUGUCGCUACGCCUGGACGUUUGUGGGAGCUAUUCUCUGAAAAUGAUGCGUAUCUUGAUAGCUUGCGACGCAUAAAAUUCUUGGUAUUAGAUGAGGCAGAUAGGAUGCUCGAAACCAACCAUUUCGAAGAGUUAAAUCAUAUUUUAACUGUUCUAUCAAGAACUAGAAUUAACACUAAUGAGUGGGCCGAAGGCGACAUGAAAAAAACUGAGGACUGCAUCAAUGACCUAGCUCCUCGUCAAACUUUUGUAUUUUCUGCUACGCUUGAUAGCAAGUUGAAAGAAGACCUGAAGCGAAAGAAAUCAUACAAGAGAAAAAAAGAUUCUGUGGGGACAAUGACUGAAUUAAUGCAUCGGCUCGAAUUUAGCGAUCCUGAUCCAGCUUUUUUGGAUAUUACACCGGAAGAGGCAGUUGCCGAAAAAUUACAAGAAUCCAAAAUUGAUUGUCUGACCAAAGAGAAAGAUUUACACACGUAUUAUUUUAUUACACGAUAUCCUGGACGGACUCUUAUUUUUGUUAACAGUAUUACUGCCAUUCGACGUCUUAUACCAAUCAUGAAAUUAUUAAAUAUUGAAGUUUUUGGUCUUCACGCACAAAUGCAACAAAGACAGCGGUUAAAGAAUUUGGAUAGAUUUAAGCAGAACCCUAAAGCUGUUAUGAUUGCAAGUGAUGUCGCGGCACGUGGUUUAGAUAUUCCAUUGGUUGAACAUGUUAUACACUAUCAGCUACCGCGUUCUAGUGAUAUAUAUGUUCAUCGAAGUGGCCGUACAGCCCGUGCAAGAAAAGGAGGUAUAAGUUUGAUGCUGUGUAGCCCCGAGGAACUGAGCUUAUAUCGGAAGUUAUGCUUGAAACUAAAUAAAACUGACGGCUUGACAAAUUUUCCUGUUGAUAGAGGCAUAUUAAAUUCAAUGAAAAAGAGAAUUGAUUUUGCAAGGCAAAUAGACCAAGAGGAACAUAAAAUGCAAAAGAUGAACUAUGAUAAUGAUUGGAUUAAAAAGGCUGCUCAAGAAUUUGAAGUUGAUUUAGAUGAUAAUGAUAAUGAUCCAAAUAUAGGAAAUCAAAGACAAACUAAGGAAAGAAUUCGAUCAUUGAAGUUCGAAUUAAAUUCAUUAUUAUCUCAACCAUUAGUCCCGCGAGGAAUAUCUACAAAAUAUCUCACAAGCGGGAUCGUACGUGAUUUGGCAGAUAGAUUGUUGGAUGAAUCUUCGCAUAAUUCGGUGAUAUUAGGUGUCAAAAAUACAAAAGCAACUGAUGAUUUACAAUCGAAGAAAUCAAAGAAAAAAA